GGCUAUGAAAGUAUUGUGAGACUGCUUCUGGCAUGUGGUGGUGUUGAUGUUAAUUCUCGGGACGAUGAUGGAUGGACACCUUUGAUGCAUGCCUCUGAAAACGGACACAAGAAAGUAGCUCAAGUUCUAUUGGAAGAAGUAAAUAAUAAUGAUUAG